ACAUUGUAGUGACUUUAGAGUUUUACGAUUGUUGUAAAUAAAUGAAAAAACUCUUGUUUUUUCUGAUGCGAUUUCUCGUCAUCUCUAAAAACAUACCUUUCUUAGAAAGAAUUGCAGUGGAGCUAUCCAGUCUGGCCGGAUUUUUUGUCACCAACAUCCAUAUGACGUCGCAACUGUCGCUGAACAAACUCCUCCCAAGCAAUGCUCUUUAACAACAAGUCACCACACUCACUUAGUGUAAGUCUUUUCCUUGAAAUUGGGAGUAAAACCACUUCCCACUUUGCCGUCUACAAAUAAACCUCCCCAGCUCUCAGAAGGAAGAUAUUCCAACAUCUCUUGAGACAAGAUCAGAGGAUCAAGAUGGUGUCUAACAGAAAGCAACUUCUGGGCCUGGCUUUGUCCAUUUUGGGCGUUCUGGGGACCAUCGUCAUCUGCGCUUUGCCGUGCUGGAAGGUGACAGCCUUCAUUGGAUCCAAUAUUGUCACCUCCCAGGUGAUAUGGGAAGGUAUAUGGCUCAACUGUGUCACCCAGAGUACAGGACAGAUGCAAUGCAAAAUCUACGACUCCCUACUGGCUUUGCCUCAGGACCUGCAGGCGGCCAGAGCCCUGGUCAUCAUCGCCAUAGUCGCUGGAGUCUUAGGGAUUGUGCUGGCUGUUUUUGGGGGGAAAUGCACCAACCUUGUACCGGACGAAAUCCAAAAAGUCAAAGUGGUCAUCGCUGCUGGAGUUGUUUUCCUCAUUUCCGGUCUUCUGGUGAUGGUUCCCGUCUGCUGGACUGCCAGUACCAUCGUUCAGGAUUUUUACAACCCAUUACUGAUAGAUGCUCAGAAGAGAGAGCUGGGAGCCUCCCUUUACAUCGGCUGGGCAUCUGCGGCGGUGCUGUUCCUGGGCGGAGGCCUCCUUUGCAGCUCUUGUCCUCCAAAAGAAGAGUAUUACGCUCAGGAUAUCAAGUACUCCAAGCCUCUGUCUAUGAGCAGCAAAGAAUAUGUCUAACCCUCUGAUUCAUUACUGUUUUUAGUUUUUUUUCUCCUCACAUUUGUUAUAUAGUCUGUCUUAAAGGAAGUUGUGUUUUAAGAUUUAUACACUUGUCUAUUUUUUUUAUUUUAUUUCUUUGAUUUUGUUACAGUAUGUGUAAGAAAGAAAAAUCUGUGUUUAAAUUUUAAAUUUACAAAUGUUACAGCUACCUAAAUGCUGAAUUUUAUACUUAGUGAGUAAACAUUGCUAUGUUAUUGAGGUUGACUCUUGCUAUCUAGAAAGAGCUUUUUUGUUUGAUUGGAUUUGUAGUUUGGCUUUUAUACAACUUUUUGUCACUGUCUGUCUGUCAUUAAUGUUGCAGAGAUUCUUUUAUUUUGCAUGUAAAGCUGUUUACACUGAUGAAUCAAAAGUGAAAAAAAAUAUUUGGUUGAUCUGGUUUAGCAACUGGUUGUGAAAGAUUUCCUAAAGAACAGGUUGCGUGACAUUGCAUUCUAUCUGACACUUAAAAACAUAACUAAAAUAAAAAGACAAAACUCUUUCA